AUAACGAAAAAGAAAAACAAGCUCACCGGUGCUUGAGCCUCUCGAAAAGUAGUAUUAAUAAAAAUAAAUACGAAUCGGAGAGAGAGAAACCGAGGUCGUUUUCAGUUCAGGUUUUCACGCGCGGCAGCAGACUGCGCGAGAUUGGUUGCGAGUGUGUCUCUCUCUCUGUGUAUACCGAGUGCGUGUGGACGUUCCGAGCGUGCACGACGCCCGGCGAUCACGCGAAAGAGCGUAUAAAAGUGUAACGGCGGAACGUAAAAGUAUAAAAUAAACGUUUUAUUUAUUCAAUGAGAAUGAAGAGAGGGGCAACGCAAGAAGAAACGAUAAUAGUGCAUUUUCGUCGUUGUUCAUUCACGAUCCGUUGAUAAAACGUGUGCAAUAAUAUAUCCCUAAGAACGAGAAUAAUAGCAAAAAGUGAGAAAAAGAGUUGAGAACGACGAGGGAGGAGGGAGGAUUAGCGAAUUAAAUUUGUUCAAGGUGAGAGCAGGCUCUUUCCACUCUGAGGUUUAGGGUCGUAGGUUGAGGAAAGCUUUCGCGACGACAGGCUUGUGCUGGGGAAAUCGGUUGAACAGGAGUUUCGGAUUAUACAGAAAGACGGCCGGCCACACGUAGCGUCGUUCUAAUUCUAGCCGCUCGAGGGAGCGCGCGCGCACGACCGCGUGAAAAAGAGACAGAAAUCCUCGCAUGUGUUGGCGCGUGCGACAGCCGAAGUAGAGAUAACUGCGGGAACGAAACGGAAGGAGCCUUGUUUUCAUAGUAACGCGAGACAGCGUUUCGAAGCACAACACGAUGCCCUCGGUAAAUCAUUCGUUGCUCGAUUCGACGAGAGCACCCGAGGCGGGUGACGAAAAAACAAGAAUUACGGCCAUUAGAGAACGACCCGCUACAAAGUGCGCUCGAAAAAAAUUUACCUCGAGCUAAAGUCAAGUACAAAUACUGACGCUUUCUCAUCGAUCCUAAGCGACUUAAAAAAUCAGUGAUUACCGAAAGGGACGAUAAUUAAAUAUGGUGAAACUGUAAUAUAAACGAUAGUGUGAAUUUCUUCGAAUUACAUCCGCAAUAAUAAGACGCGUUGAUACACAUCAAGAGUGACUAUUUUCAUGGAUAAUAUGAUCAUAAAAUAUGACAAAUUCCCAAAACGUCGGGACAAAGAGAUUCGUAAGGUGAUGUAAAAAUUAUAAUCUACGACUGACGAGGGUCGACUCGAGCGGCGGCCACAACAAACAAGUCCCUGCUCGGAGGUACGAACUUGAAAAACGAAUAAAUGAACGGUGAGCAACAAAUAUGACGAAAAAUUCAAUAGAACUUAAUUUAACGGUGAGUUUUAACGUGGAACGAGAAGAAAAAUAACAUCGAAAAAUUCCCGAAAUUGUUUAAGAAAGAAGAGGUUAAUAGAGGCUCUCUGGAUAAUUAAUUGCAACGCGGUGAUCAGUUCGGAGGGGGAGAAUCGGAAAGAUCGAUCGUGCGAGAUGACUCGAGAGGUGGAAUUAUAAGAUAAACGGAUAACGAUGAUCAGGGCUUAUAAAAAUUUGAGGGAAUUCGUGGAUGAAGGAAAACUGAAAAUUGACGAAACGAUCCGAUCGGAUGAUCUACGAUUAAUUAUUAUCUGCUCGACGAGUCCUGCUCGCUGAGGAAGACAAGACGAAAACGUAUAAAAAGCGUCGACGCUACGUUUUAUUUGUACAUGAUCGACGAUAAUGUUGACACGAGGAGGCAUUUUGCCAAAAUACGUUUGGCCGUUGUCGAAGAAGCCCCAGGAACGUAUUAUGCGGUCCCAUCCAUCGAACGAGACUUUUGCGAAAAUCGUGAAUGCACGAAAGUAAUAAGAAUAAGGAGAAAAAAAGGAACGUCGAUAGAGGAGGGAGAAGAGCGCAAGAUUUAUAGCUCUAAAAAAUUGCCAAAUGGGAUGCUGAGCCAUGAGGCACCCUCGGCAUUCCGUCAAAAGAUGCUCGUCGUCGUCGUCGUCGUCGUCGUCGUCGUGUUGGUCGGUGGAGCAGCAACCCCGACUCAAUGAAAACGACGACAGUGGCAAAAGAUUUGCGGACGAUCGAGCGUGGCUUUAGGACUGCGUCGGACGGUCCAGAUCCAUAAAAUAUUGUUAAAUCGUCGAACUGUGAAAUUUCAUGAAAUAAUAAUAAAAAGGAUAAAUAAUAAGGGGGGAUUCGAAGAGUGGAAAAAGAGAGACAGAAAAUAGAGUAUGUCGAGGUUCUCGAGGAUGAUGAUGAUUUGUAAGCGCGACUUUCCGGACGACGGAGUUAGCUAAGAUUGAUCGAAAGGAUGGCCGGAAUAUACCGGAAGAGGAUCGAGUCCGAAUGUGAUGAAUAGGUAAUCCAAAGGGAUAUUCGAGAGUCUGUGAAAGUAAAAAUUUCACACGCUCCGGCUUAUAAUUAAGAGGAGAAAAAAAGGAGGCGGGAAAGAGGAAGAAAGAAGAAAGGAAAGAUGGCGUCCGUAGCGGCAUGGUUACCGUUUGCUCGGGCGGCCGCGAUCGGUUGGGUGCCGAUAGCGACGCACCCUUUACCACCGCCGCCAAUUCCAAAAGAUCGUCGGAAAGCGGACGACGAGAAAUUACUUAUAAACGUGAGCGGUCGUCGCUUCGAGACUUGGCGCAAUACCCUCGAAAAGUAUCCGGACACCCUGCUCGGAUCGAACGAGCGCGAGUUCUUUUACGACGAGGACAGCAAAGAGUACUUUUUCGAUCGCGAUCCCGACAUAUUCCGACAUAUAUUGAAUUAUUAUAGGACCGGUAAGCUUCAUUAUCCGAAGCACGAGUGCCUGACGAGUUACGACGAGGAAUUGGCCUUCUUCGGUAUUCUACCGGACGUAAUAGGGGACUGUUGUUACGAGGAUUAUCGGGAUCGUAAGAGGGAAAACGCCGAGAGACUCAUGGACGACAAGCUGAGCGAGAACGGCGAUCAAAAUUUGCCGCAUCUCACCGACAUCAGGCAGAAGAUGUGGCGAGCAUUUCAAAACCCGCACAUCUCCACCGCCGCUCUUGUUUUUUAUUACGUAACCGGUUUCUUCAUUGCCGUAAGCGUAUUAGCGAACGUGGUGGAGACAGUGCCAUGCGGCAAUCGUCCCGGACGCGCUGGCACAUUGUCAUGCGGGGAACGUUACAAGAUCGUAUUUUUCUGCCUCGAUACAGCAUGCGUCAUGAUAUUUACGGCUGAAUAUCUUCUGAGGUUGUACGCGGCUCCCAGUAGGUGCAAGUUCGCCAGAUCCGUCAUGUCGAUAAUCGACGUGGUAGCCAUAUUGCCCUACUACAUCGGCCUCGGCAUCACCGACAACGACGACGUCUCCGGCGCCUUUGUCACCCUCCGGGUAUUUCGCGUCUUCCGUAUAUUUAAAUUUUCACGACACUCCCAGGGUCUCCGGAUCCUCGGUUAUACCCUCAAAUCUUGUGCCUCCGAGCUCGGCUUUCUCGUUUUCUCACUCGCAAUGGCUAUCAUUAUUUUCGCUACCGUUAUGUUCUACGCUGAGAAAAACGUCGAGGGAACUAAUUUCACCUCUAUACCUGCCGCCUUCUGGUACACGAUCGUCACCAUGACCACCCUAGGUUACGGCGAUAUGGUGCCGGAAACGAUCGCGGGAAAGGUCGUAGGUGGGGUUUGUUCUUUGAGCGGAGUCCUCGUAAUAGCCCUCCCCGUGCCUGUCAUCGUCAGCAAUUUCAGUCGGAUUUAUCAUCAGAAUCAACGAGCCGACAAGAGAAAGGCGCAGAGGAAAGCGAGACUCGCGAGGAUCAGGAUAGCGAAGGCAUCGAGCGGAGCCGCAUUCGUGAGUAAAAAGAAAGCUGCCGAGGCGAGACUCGCCGCCCUCGAGAGCGGCCUCGCUCCCGACGACAGUUACAGAGAGGAGGACAUCUUCGAGCUCCAGCAUCACCAUCUUCUUCGCUGCCUCGAGAAAACUACCGACCGUGAAUUCGUGGAGAUGGAAGUGCCGUUUAACGGUGCGCCAAAGAGGCCAGGCUCGCCAUCGCCGCUCACGUCACCGGCGCACAGUACAGCCUCGAGAGGCGGUCUAUUGCAGUCUUGUUGCGGUCGUUGUUAUCCACAGCGUUACCAGAGCCUCUCGUACCAACUAACAUCGAACGAGAAUAAGGAUAGGGUGGUCCUCGUAUACGGAGAUCGUAUACAAGUUAGAACAAAGGAUCUAAAGAAGCGUGGCUCCCACACUUGCGACAUGCAGGCCCUACAGCCACUUCCGGUUCCAAGUACCAACGCGUCGACUGCCAUCGCAACUUCCGGUCCAGCCCAGCAUCAAGCACAACAAUCGCUCACGGAGACCGCUUGAUUACAAUCGAGCGAGACUACUCGUCAUCCCCGGAAUACCGAUGCUCUAUGAAAACUUAACUACUUUUAAAUCAUCAACGCCCAUCGCCCGUGCACAUCGACCGAUCGAUCGACUCCGAACAUUACCAAUUAUCAAGACCAUUGUACCUCCUCGACCAUCUCCUUUGUUCGGUUGACGGAGACGUCGGCCGCCGAGUCGAGUUCAUGUAAAAAAGGAGAAAGAAAAAAUAAACAGGAAAGUAAAUUAGAAAAAGAGAUGGGAAAGGAGGCGCGUGGAGAAGAAAAUUGAGGCCGGAUAAUUAGGCGUCGCGAGUGUGAAAAAUAGCAGAGGGCGUGAUCGAGGAUGACGAGACUUCGAGGUCAUCGGUCAGCGGAAAUAAGACGCCACGCCGAGGGAUCGUGAUCGCUGUUGCGGAAGUGAUUUUUUUGCGAAAUAUCAUACCGCGCGAUGAUUCGCCUGGUUUAUAGAAAGAAUCGAGAGCACACGCGAAGCGGGAGGGUUCCGAAUAUUUCGAUUAGCUCAUGCCAAUCAAGUCCGAGAGGAAAGCAAAUACUUUGAAGGACACGGAGCGGAAGAGAGAUAGAAAAAAGGGUGGAAUAGCACGAAUGAAGGGAGCACAAAGCAGAGAAGAGCGCCAAGAUUUCAAAUAUGGUUCUAUUCGAUGUAAAGUAUUAUAAUUAUUGUGUGAACUCUCUCGUCACGUUAUCAAAGAAGCAUGUUUGACAAAACAAAAGCAAGCAAGCAAGCAAGCGUAAAACCUUAGAUCUUCGUGAUACUCUUAAAAUUUGUACUUUUAAUUAAAUCGAUAAUGCCCUCGUUCUUUCAAAAAACGUAAUAUUUAAACAUCAUUUGAAUAACAAUCGAAUACGGAUACUGUAUUAUUGUCGUGUAAAAAAAUUUCAUUAAUCGACGAGUUUGGGGAUGUUGAAUAAGUGUCUGUAAAUAGUUACUAUUAUGAUAGAGUUUAUCCUUCGUGGCGAUUUUGAGAAACUGCGUGAAAAAGAAAAUUGCAAAAACGAAGAGACGCGGCGAGGGGGGCAGAGGAAACAGAAUUUCAUUUCGUUACCGGACGCGUCUAGUGCGUCGUUUUUUAAGUGUAAUUGAACACCUUUAGUGUAAGUGUAAAUUGUUUAUAAGUGUAAUUAUCAAGUGUAAUUGUCAGUUUAAACGUGAAGAGAGCGAGAGAGAAAAAAAAGAGGGAUUUAGAGUACGAAGAGAAAGGGUAACCUGCUCGAAGUGGGUUUCAAUCUCGACUCGAUCGGAACACGAAUUAGUACGAUUAUUGUAUGGGAACGUCGACUUAUUUUAAUACGAUCGCUCGAAAGUGUUGUCUCCGAAGUUUUCUUCUUUGCAUUCUCGAUCAUUUGUUUGUUGUUAGGAACAGCGAGAACAAAAAAAAUCUCGUUAGAUUAACCAAAAAAAAAAGAAAGAAAGAAAAAACGUCCUAAGAAUUCGCAACAAUGAUUUUUAAGCUCCCGUCUCGAUGUUGUCGAGUAAACACUUGUGCUAUUGCCGAGAUCGAUCGAAUUUCAGCGAGGGCGAUUAAGUAUUGGCAAAAUAUAAUUUUGCUCGGAAUGAAAAGUAAAGUAAUGAAAAGAAGAAAAAAAAAAUACAAACAAACAGAACAAACCCAAAGAGAAUAAUAAAAUACUAUUUAUCAGGAAGGUGUCGCUGUGGGAAAAAUCGUCGGCAGCCUUAUCGAGUACCGCAUCCUGACGUAUAUACAUAUAUAAAUAACAGAGAAGCAAAUUUAUAUACGUGUGUAUACACCUUCGCGAGAUAUAUAAAUAUAUUUAAAUAUAUAUAAAUAUAUAUCGAGAUGAAUAUUCAAAUGACGCGUUGAUUCGCGCGGGUAUCCGUGUAUAUAUAUAUAUGAUAUGCAUUAUGCAUAAAGUAGUAUUUCGCAUCGUGCAAUAAAAUAAAUUCUAAAGCGUUCCAAAUAGAGCGAGUGCAUGCAUGUUCAAAAGAAUGAGAAAAAAUACAGAAAAAAAGAAGAAAAAAAAAAGAAAAAGGAAAAACAAAGAAAUAAUAAAAAUAAAUGAAAACAAUAAUAAUAAUAAUGAUAAUUAAAACAAUAAAUAGGUAUGUGAAACGAGGAAUGUUUGUCAAUUGUUUUGUUCUUUUGUUCUUGAAAAUCUAAAAAAAGUGACGAGCAGGGCUCCGAAGAAAGUGGCACGAGGAUCCGAAAUUGCGAUCAACUCGUUCGGAUGCGAGCGUCGUGAAAAAAGCGUUUUUUGUUUUCGUCAUUCAGUCGCGUGUACCGGAGGACCGGAAGGUAUUCGGUGCUUCCUUUGGAACUGCGGCAGUUUUUUCGUAGCGUCGCGGGCUUGCGGAAUGCUACGCCUGGUGAACAAUAGACUCGGGGUAUCGUCUGUCAAUUAUUCUGUGAAAAUGAUGGCUCGGAACGUCGAGCGAAUAGCGCGAGCCCAUUCUCGCUCGCUUGUUCCGAGAAAAGAUCAGCUUCCCAGCGGCCCGCGUAUCUGACAGGCUAUUGCUGGUCGUUGCUUUUCUAGUUUUCAUUAAUGUUUUUCGAUCUAAGGAGACGCUGAUUGAGAAAGAACGGGGAUGAACGAAGUAACGAAGUUCAACUUGUUGCUCCCUUCCCCCCCUCAGCGAGUGCACGUCCCUUGGGAAUUACAACGCUGAUAAGAGAACGAGAGGGAAAACCACUUGACCGUGAGCAACCAGUCGACCCUUUCGAAUCUCUCUUUCAGCAAUAUUUUCACUCAACGCUAAAACUUCGAAAUUUUUCUUGUCGUCGGCUAACGAACGAUUUUCAUGCUGGAAAAACACUGUAAACAUGCAGGAGACGCAGAAAUACUCACGUGUUAUUUUAGUCUUGGAUAAAAGGUUUUUAAUGUCUGCUCAAACACUAACAUUCCAUGAAAAAAUACGCGCAGGACUCUCGUUGCAAUUUUUAAAAUUCACUGGAAUAUUUUUCAUCUUUCAUCGCGUAUCCCAAGCCCCGACUUGUCUCAUUCGAACGGAAGUAUUUCUCACUCGCACCGAAACGAAGUUUUCUCUACUCAUUUCCCCGGAUCUUUUGAAAUUAUUUAUCAUUCCAUUACUCUUUUUAUUACGCCAUCAAAUCUCAUCGUAUAUACACAGAAAAUGUUUUUUACUCGAAACUUUGACUCGACCCUUGUCGAAUUAGGUUACAAAAACUGCUUUUCAGCAUCUCAUGACUUCAUCAUAUAUAAUUUGGGAUUCUAAGAAUAUGCGAUGACCCACGUCGUUUUCACUCCAUUGCUCCUCUAGACGUUCCCAUGCACAAUAUAAAAAACACUGCGAGUCGUGAUUUGUCACCCAAACAUUCGCUUUUCAACCUCGUUUUCAACCCUUGACACCCACGAUCCUCUGUCCUCGGCAUACCACGUUUCGUGCAUGCGAUACAAAACCUUAAUUGUGCGUCGUUCCAUUCGUUUUUUCAUGGGGAAGUUUCAGAGAAAAGUGCAAAAUAUUCGUGUUCGUUGAGCUGUCACGAAAACUCGUGAUUUGACAAAAAAAAUCUUUCGAGCGAAUGCAGAACCGUUUGGAGCCGAAAAAUGAGCAAUGAAACGUGGAAAAUCAAAAUGGGGAUUUGAGUCCCAACCGAGUAAAGGAAUUUCGGGUAGAGUAGCGAGUACUGAGAUAAAUAAAAUAUUUCGAUGUUAAUGCGGACACUCGAGAGAGUGAAUAACUUUGGUGACAACUCAAAAACGCAAAGUCUUUCAGUAUUUACUAACGUUACUGCCAAUUACGUUGAAUAAGCUACCUUAACGGAGAAGGGUAAAAUUCGUGCUGUUUCCGUGUGAAGUAAAAAUAGAUAGAAAGAAACUUAGACAGAAUUUAAAAAAUUGAUUACCUCUAGAAGUGCGUCAGAGUAUUUCCUGAAAAUAGUGCGAUGUCGAUGAAAAAGCACUUUUCUGAGCGUCAGAAAUCUCGAAGACGGUGAUGAGUCGGUUCGAAGUCAAAGCGAACACUCGAUUCGGAAAAAUCGAAGGAUUUUCGUCCGCGUUCUUCAGCUGUCGACCACCGAUUCGUGGAAAUCAUUUUUCGGCACAUUUCCCACGAGAUUUUGUGUUUUCGCGAAUUUUUCGAUCAUUUCGGAACGGAGCUUUUGUUCGGUGCAUCGAUUCCGGGACAUUCAAGCUCCUGAUAUGCGAUAAUAAAUAUGAAAAGCCUCAAGAAAUCGGAGCCGCUCAAUUUUUUCUGUUUUUCGCCACAUUCUCGAAUUUCCUGCACUUUCUCAUUUGGGCUAUCUGCGCAAGUUGGGCGAGGACUGAAAGCCAGCGCGAGGGCGAAGAAAAACUGGUCGGAAAAGCGCGCACAGCUUCUCUCCGAUUUAUACGAACUCGUAAAACCAACACGAGAACAAAUUGAAUUCACUGAAUUAGCGGAUUACAGCUUCGACUUUGUACACAUACGUUUAAUGCGAAAGCUCACCGACGGAGAGAGAGAGAGAGAGAGAGCGAGGGGAAAGAGGAUUGAAAAUGGACGGAAAGGGAGGUCGGGAAGCGAAUCGACGAGCAACCUACUGGCUCGAGCGGCUCGUUCUUCGUGGUCCUGGACACGCAACACAAACACUGUGUACAAGGCUCUCAAUAUAUCGUGAUGUACGUACGGAGGUACGAGGUAUUGAAGCUUGUUCGUGGAUGGCGAAGAGCAUCGUCGGACGAAAAAUACACAAACGUUAGUCAAACAAGCCUCCUCCCGUUUCUCUGUACUUCCUUCCGACCCUUGGGAAUAAUAUCGCACGCAUGACGAGAGGCGUUGUAACGGCGGAAUAAAAAGUCGAAGCGUGACUGCUUAAUGUUGGGAGCAAACUCUGGAAUCGCGUUAAACGGAAUUAUCAAUAUUUAUGUCAACAAUUCGGCUCCGCUCGUUAACGAAACCGGCUCGAGAUUAUGGAAUUCAAUCAAGUUUAAUUGGCCAAUGAAACCAAACGGCUCGAUUUACCCGCUCCGUUUUUCACCAUUCCAAAGCUUCCGUCACCUUACUUUCGUAUUGUUUCGAAAUCGAGUCUCAUAAAUCCGCUGCCUUUUUCGGGUCUUACCCUAAAAAAUUCUCGCUGUUGCGCCAUCGAGAAAUUCUAUGAAUAAUUUCACGCAUUUUCCAUCGCCCAAUCGUCCGAACAAAAUAUUUUAUUCUCCGAUUUAGGAGAUCGUAAAAAAAGUAGGUCACACGUAUCUGUGGGUUUGCAUAACGUCGAUGUUUCUUUCAUACUUUGUGGAAAAAUAGGAAAAAACGCACACACACAGACAGGAGCGUUUAUGUGAGAUCGGAUUGAAUCGAAUGUCGCGUCGUCGAGGGUUUUAUUGUUACAAAAUCCUCGAUUAUUUUUUUUAUCGUAAUACGCUUCGGCAAAAUGGAAAUAGAAUCUAACAACAUUUCUCAAGGUAUUUCGGGCUCGAUAUCGAACGAAGGGAAAAAUAAUUUCUUGCCGAUUUCCACGACCUUCCUAACGCUUCCCUCGACUACAUAUUUCAACUCAAAUUCCUCCGCACUCGAUACCAUUUUGACUUAAAUUUUAUUUCCGUUAAAUCUCAAUGUAACUCGCUGAAAAAUAUUUAAAAAAUCGAGCUCGCCCAAUGAAGCAAAAAUGUUUGAUCCUCGUCGAAUCUUCACCGUCGUCGUUUCAGAAAAUUUGCCAAUUUCGAGGUCCAGUCCAAUUCGUGAACGGAUUUCCGGAGCUCUGUACGCGCGGCCUGAGGGCGAGCCUCGGGACAAGAAAAAUGUUUUUCUUUCUCGAUCCAUUUCUGCGUUUGCCACUCUUCUGACUUUUCCUUCACUCGAUGUCUCUCCUGACGCAUGUACGGCGGCUGUAACGCGUAGUUGGAGGUUCGUGAGGAGCAAGUGCGGGCGAAGAUAUAGAUCCGAUGAGUGAAAGCUCCGGAGGGUCCGGCCCUUCGUGAAUAAUGAAGUCUCGCCGAGUCGUUAAACGUCCAUGUACGUCGCGGCGGAUUAGCCUCGGCCGGGACGUUCGGGUGCGCGGUGUCUCGGACGUUUUUUUCUCUCAUCUUAACAAAAAUUCUAGGAAACUUAUUAGCCAAGUACGCGAUGAGAAUAAGUCAGGGAGGAGGGAAAGGCUUGUGAACGUUUGAGGUGGAUAACAAGGUGUAGCGUUGAAUCCGAAUGAAUGUGCGAGUGGAGCGAGCACUCGGCUCGGAGUGAAUGGAAAAUCGAUAAUGACCGGGCUGUGUGUAUGCAGAAAUUUGGAGAGAACCUCUUGUUCUCGUUUCCUCUUCCGCCACGAAGCUUUCAAACUUCAUCUCUCGUUGAGUCAGCACUUAGCGAGCCCUCACUCAGCCCUUCGCCGCAGCAGCAGCAGCAGCAGCAGCUCGAGUUUCCCAGCGCGAUUCUACUUUAUUCGCACACGUCCUUCGAUCGGAUAACAAAUUACACUUUCGCUCUCGGCCCACCGCCGGGUGCGGCUUUUCUUCGAGAUUUCCACAACGCGAGGCUUCCUGGAAGGGCUCUGAAAAAUUUGAUUAAUUCAAUCGGAGCUGCCUAUACGGGAGUCCGCCGGGCUCUGGCGAAGGGGGCAUCGACGGAGGAACGAUUGACAAAUCCUGGCGUCCUGUCGGCGGGGUCAUGCUUCAAAAGCAUGCAUUUGUCCCCGAACGUUGCUGAUACUCGUCCGGAGAAUCCGCGCCGAGAAGAGCAGCCGGACGAUUAUUGUGAUGGUCCAUUUGUGUGCUCGCGUACUUUACGUUCGAUCUCCCCGGAUGGGGAAGUGACGCGUGGAAGUAAGCGCGCCCGCGCGAGUCGGCUGUCUUUAAGUUAGGAAAAUCGAGGCAGCGCGACGGAAGAGAGAAUUUGAAGAGAGAAGAAAUUUUCUGCAGAUUUCGUUGGCUACCAAGCUCCGACAAUUUUCCUCUGAAUUUCUCCCAUUUUCAAAAUUGCUAGCACAGAGAGAGGGAGGGAGGGCCGAGGGGAAAAUUCCAAAGCCGUCGAAUCGACGUGCUCGAGCGACGAGGCGCCUCUCACACUCGAUUCUCCUAUCUCAAUGGUCUUUUAUUGCCCACCACGUUACGUUUUUAUCCUGAAAAAAAUGCGGACAAGGGCUGAAGCUAACAGCGAAAUAAAUAUGCGUAGACGAACAAAGGGCAACGCGUAUUGAUCCCAGCAGCAUCAGCCUCUUCUGAGAGUCCGAAAUUCUUGAAUAUCACGUCUGGCUAUUUUUCUCGCGGCCUCUCCGAGCCGAUAACUCACGCCAGAAUUCAACAGCGCCCUGAAAAAAGCCUCAAAGCGUAUCCUCCGAUCGACUCACACCUUUCCCGCGCUUAUCCCAUCGAUCUCAUAAUAAAUUCUAUCAAAAGAGAGAAUACAUUCGCUGAAAUAGUCGGACAGAGACUGAGACGGUUUAUCAGAGGGAAAUAGAACAAAAGAGUGAGAAUCGUGAAUGUUAUCGUUUUACCUACAAACGCGUAACUGUCCUUGCCGAGUGGUGACGCGAUCCAAUCGAUAAUUUACCUCCACCGUCAAGGAAUCACAAGAUAGGACGCCGCCGCGCGGAGCAUGAAAUACAAAGAGCGAGAGAGAGACAGAGAGAGAGAGAGGGAGAGCGAGCAAAGACAACUUUUCGAGUUUCUUUACCCGGCGUUUGUGUAUCGAUAAACAGUAGUCUCUUUGUCUCCCCCGAUUGUCGUAUCUCCGUAUACGGAGGUUAGGUACUUGGAGUAUAACUCCGAUGUACACACUCGAGAAUGAGAAUCUACGCCCGAUAAAAGCAGCCACCGAAAGCGAGCGAACCUCCUCACAAAGGUGUCGAAACGAAAUUGCACCUGAAUCGAAAAACGCCCUGAAAACAAGGGACGCACGUGUCUCUUGUUAAAUUGCCAGUAUUAUUCAACCUCGAACGCUUAAAACGCGACUCUGAGUGUAAAGAAAAAGUAAAAAGUAACAGACCGCCGACCCGGCAGACGAGGGAAAAUUUUAUCGCGGAUAGAAUAUUUUUAAUAACAUUUCGCCGGCAUCGAAGCUACAAAGGCUUUGUCGAGCGAGCGUUUUGUUGAUAAUAAUCGAAGGAGAACCACCGUCCCAAUUAUUGUACGCGAGCGAUCCUAAAGAGCGGAACGAUUCUGGGUAUAUAAAUAUACGAAUAAUUCCGUAUUAUAAACAUUGACAGACUUGAGAGAAUGUGUGAUAAAUAAAAAAUCAUUUAGGUGGAAGAUAUCUUGGGCUUUUCGAUUUUGUUUCAAGGAUGAUCGAUCACCAGGUCCAAUCCGAGAUUCUGAUCUGAAUUUUUAAUAUGCUGGAGAUGAAUAUUUUACGCGACGAUCACCAAAAUUUGGGCUAGAUUGUUCGUCUAGUUAUUUUGUAAUUAAAUUGCAAAUUCGAGCAUUUUGAUGCACCGAAUACACGUCGCUUAUGGGAAAAGAUCGUCCGGAAGUGCUACGAGCACGGUUUUUCUCGCCCAAAAUCCAAGAUUAUUAUUUAAAAACCUACCGUUGAAUAAGUGGCUCAUUCAGAGUUUGGUCAAAAAUAGAAAAAUUGUACCUCACCAGGUUUUCAACAAAAUAAUCUCACAAAAAAGUUUUGAUUUCCGGUUGAAAAUUGUGAGAACGACGAAGUAGUAUUCAGGAAUUUGACAACGUCACAACUAUAACGGAUGAUGCCGCCAGCGGUCAUAACCUAGCUUUACUUCAAACACCAACACAGAAUAUUACAAUGGCAAUUACAAUUACAAGUGUGUUUGUGUACAAUUCUUAUAUGGAGAAAACUAUACAGACGUUGACGAUAUCAAGAGACUCGGUAGAGUCUCGGGACAAGUACAUUGACAGUUCUGUCAUCUGCUGGCCUGAGGUUCUCGCCGAGACUAUCUUUUCUCUGAAUAUAUAAUCUAAUAUGGAGAACACUGCAGGAUCGUUGUGGAUAUAAUUUUUUCAGUUUUCAUGAUUUACUCUGCUAUGAAACACUAACGAACCGGUAAUGAUGUUUCUUAAAAUCGAUAACACGAAUAUUCAAGACCGGUAAACGUAAUUCAGAACGGCUCUUUUUUGACUCCGAAUUCACGAUCGAUCAUCCUUAAUGUUCUUAAAUGUUCCUUAAAGUCCUGAGAAUCCUCAGUUUAACAGAGUCCCGGGGAACUGGACUCGUGAAAAUGCAUCAAUGCCGUUGGCACUUUUGAUUUUCGAGCUAAACGCCUCCUCGCGUGUGUCCACGUUUUAUCGGGCGGAUGGAAUUCCGCGUCGAAUCGAAGCGCCGUUUAGAGAAGCAGCGAUAUCGGCAAGUUGAAUUAUUCCAAUUUCUCAUGGAUUUUUGAGCUCGUUGCUUCGCGAUUCUCGUACGACGUCGUUGGUUCGUUUAUUAUUUUCUAAAUAAACGAUUGAUGCUCAAUACUUGAAGCAAUGUUUCCUGCUCGUAGACCGAACGUCUUUCGAGCUAACCAGGGAAACGCGAGUUGCAGCGAACGGAUGACGCUCAUGGGAGAAAAACCUGGGCGAUUAUUUUUGGAAUAAUUCAACACGCUCGUUCCAGUAUAGGUUAAGUCCAGUGCGUACCUACUCCAGUGAUUAGAAGCAGAGAAGAGUCGAGCCGUAAUAAGAUGAAACGAGAAGAAAAUAAAUACGUAAAUGCAGUCGGUAGGACACAAAGGCAAACCGAUAAUUGUUGCAGGGAUUGAAAAACGAGAUUCGUACAUGAAAGUUUUUAUUCGACGAGGCUAAAGUAUAAAAAAAACAUUGAAAAAAAAAAAAAAAAAAAAAAUACGAAAGAAACGAUGAAUAAGCGAAUGAUUCGAAGAGGAAUUAGUUUUAAAACGAAAGUUGAUGAUAAAAACUGAUAAAUCAAACGUAACGAAAGAUGUGCGAGGCUUGCGAAGCGUUACGAACGAGCACUUAGCUGCUGCAACCAAAAAAAAUAAUGAUAUCUAUGAAAAUGACCAUGUGAUGUGUACGAUAGUUUAAUUGACGUUUGUGUAAUGAUAAAAAAAAAGAAUCGAGAGAUAAAAGCUAUCCACGAAGAGAGCAACAAUUUAUGAGAAUAUUCAGUUGGAUUAUGCGCGUAGGAAAGACGAAAGCUAAAUCGAUCGUGGAUUAAGUUCCACGCUGGGACUCGAAAUGAUAGAGAAUACGCGCCCCCGGGCGCGCGUUCACUCAAAUGGAACCAUUUUAAUUAUUAACAAAUAUAUAUUUAUUAUUAAUAUAUACCGAGGGGAUAAACGAAAGAAGAACAAACAAACGACAAAGAUAUAUGAAAAUAAAGUACUGUCUUUAUUCACGUU